AUGCCCAACCUUGGUUCAAGGCUCUUGCAUCCGAGACGUGUUGCGCCUCAGGUCGUGCCUAGAAGGAAGAAAUCAGCCAUGCCAGUCGUUGUGGAAGCCGACCUGGCGGAUUCUCUAUCUGGCAUGCUGGACGCGUGCUUUGGGAAGGACGGCAACUUCACGGUAUUUGUGGAAGAGGAGAUCGGGGACAGUGGUGCGGGGAAGCUCACUGAGUUCAAGGUUUGGGCAUCUUUACUGGCACAGCGUUCUCCGGUUUUCGAGAGCAUGACAUCCCGCGAGGAGUUCGAAGAAUGUCGGCAGGCGCAGGUAGUCAUCCGAGACUUCUCCGCGAAAGCCGUUGAGGCCUUCCUGCGCUUCUUGUACUGCGGCCGGUUGGAGACCUCCGUUGGCACACUGGUCGAGGUGGCCGCAAUAGCAGACAAGUGCCAGGUUCCUUCCCUACAUUCCCAGUGCAUGGAAGCCGUUCGUGAGAACCUCACGCCCGAGCAGGCCUGUGAAGUCUUCGCGUCAGCGGACAAGUUUCGCGUGGCAGCCCUGCGCGUGGAGGCCUUGGAGAUGAUCUGCGCUGAGCCUGAGAAGGCCUUGCGAAGACGUCCUUCGGUCAGACCAGAGAUGCUGGAGACCAUCCUGAGUUUGUGCUCCUUGUGCACCCAGAAAUCCACCUUUCGGAGCCUUCUACGAGGCUGGGACAAGGCAGGGGAAGAGCUGCCCAUGCCGGCCGUGUCUGAGGCAGUACAGCCCGGUACGUUCAGGACGGAUGUCCUCUAUGACCUCUGGGACCGCUAUGAUCGCUCUGGCAAGCAGGGGAGUUUCGUGGGAUACUGGGUGGUCGUAGUCCUCGGACCUGGGCAGGCUGGCAUGGACUUGGAGAAGCUGGCGAGAAACAACUGUUACAACAUGUAUCAGAAGGGCUGGGUGAUGUGGAUGCUCCCGCAUGCGCAGGUGCACCUCACAGGUUUCCAUUUCAGCCGAGCAAUUCCGAGCAGCGUGUCUCUCAGGAUCCUUUGUUCCCAGGACGGCGCGGCGUGGCACUGUGCUGUCGAAUCGCAGGAGCAAGACAUCGAGGCUGGCGCCACAUUGGCGUGCGACGAGCCCCAGAAAUCUGUGAAGUGGUUCAGGCUCGAAGUUCUGAAUGGGGAGUUUGACAGUGAGUUCUGCAUCCACGGCAUUUCGCAGACGGACUUGCUGAGUGUGAACUGA